CGCCUGCUUUUAUUGCCAGAACGGCAAACCCAUAUCAACUACUUCAAGUGAUUUAACUCACUCCUUCGGCUGCCAUGGGAAUUCCACUUUACAAACCUCGUUCUGAACGGGUUUUUGAGGAAGAUUUUGAAGCAUCGCCUCUGUCGUCUUACCCCUAUUCUUCUCGUCGACGUUCUUCUGUAUCGCGUUUACUGUCGAGAGUGAGACAGUCGAGAAUAAUGAGUACGACUCGUCGACCGGGUGCAUCAUCCUUUGUACCCACAUCCGACUUUGCAGUUCGUCAUCGUUCCCGCGCGCUUCAUGUUGCACCUCAACUGACUCCCGAGAGCUCGGAUUUGGAUCGUCAAUUCCAUAUGCGAUUCACGGAAAAGCAAAAUUUACUGGAUCAACUCGAGAUUACGGCGACAUUACUGGAUCAGUUUCUAUGCGCGCGAUCGGCUCAUGGAUCGGACAAUACGGCUCUGCCAAGUUUUCUGACCGAAGAUUUACCCACGGUAUUGGGAACAGCUGUCAACUUGACCUCGUCCUCUGUAACGAACCGCAUGCCGCCGCUUUCCUUGACGGGGUCGUCGUCAUCCUCAUUGUCUCCUGCAUCGUCUACCACGACGGAUUCCAGCCAAUCCGAUGCUUCUCCGCUACAAAACGUAACGGAUCAUAUAUUGCAUACCAUCUAUACCACUCGCCUUCAUUAUCUAGAAACCAGCAUCUUAACCGCUCAUCGACGUAUCCGAGAUCAACUGGCGCUUAUAAACUCGUCCGUUCCCAUCGCCGCCCUUGAAUCAUCUCAGAACCCUUCAUCCUCAACAGCGUCUACCUACGCCUCGUCAUCCUCGUCUUCUGCUUCUCUGCGUUAACAAAAACCCCAUCGUCCUCGUAUGUUUAUGUAGAGAGGUUCUUAAUUAGUAUUAUACCCUUCUGCCGAGAAAUGGCUCACACCUUGCGGGGUCAACGACCCAUCUCUGAUUGCCCCCAAACCGUCACAAGUACGGCACUUAUUGUUUAUUCAA